AUGAGGCGGCUCUGGGCUGGCGCUAGGUCUGUCCCGGGCUGGUAGAGACCGUGCUCGCCGUCCUCGCAGCCGAGCUCCGGCCCCAUGGACGCUCUGUGCGGCUCCGGGGAGCUCGGCUCCAAGUUCUGGGACUCCAAUCUGUCCGUGCACACAGACAACCCGGACUUCACUCCCUGCUUCCAGAACUCCGUGCUGGCCUGGGUCCCCUGCAUCUACCUGUGGGCCGCCCUGCCCUGCUACCUGUUCUACCUGCGGCACCGCCACCAAGGCUACAUUGUUCUCUCUCGCCUCUCCAGGCUCAAGACGGCCUUGGGCGUCCUGCUGUGGUGUGUCUCCUGGACUGACCUCUUCUACUCCUUCCAUGGCCUGGUCCACGGUUGGGCCCCUGCCCCCAUCUUCUUUGUCACCCCCUUGGUGGUGGGGGUCACCAUGCUGCUGGCCACCCUGCUGAUCCAGUAUGAGCGUCUGCAGGGGCUUCGGUCCUCGGGGGUCCUCAUCAUCUUCUGGUUCCUGUGUGUGGUCUGUGGCAUCAUCCCUUUCCGUUCCAAGAUCCUUUCAGCUUUGGCACAGGGCAAGAUCUCAGACCCCUUCCGCUUCACCACCUUCUAUAUCUACUUUGCCCUGGUGCUCUCUGCCCUCAUCCUCUCCUGCUUCAGGGAGAAGCCACCGUUUUUCUCCCCCAAGAAUAUGGACCCCAACCCCUGCCCUGAGGCCGGAGCUGGCUUCCUCUCCCGCCUGUCUUUCUGGUGGUUUACAAAGUUGGCCAUCCUCGGCUACCGGCGGCCCUUGGAGGAGUGGGACCUCUGGUGCCUGAACGAGGGGGACCGCUCCCACAUGGUGGUGCAGAGGCUGCUGGAGGAGAGAAAGAAGCAGCAAGAGCAGGCAGCGCGACACCAGGCUGCAGAGGCUUCUGGGAAGAGACUGUCCAGCGAGGGUGAGGUGCUGCUGGGGGGCCGGCCCCAGGCCCGGGAGCCCCCCUUCCUGCGGGCCCUGAUGGCCACCUUUGGCUCCAGCUUCCUCCUCAGCAUGUGCUUCAAGCUGAUCCAGGACCUCCUGUCCUUCAUCAACCCACAGCUGCUGAGCGUCCUGAUCAGAUUUAUUUCAAACCCCACGGCCCCCACCUGGUGGGGCUUUCUGGUGGCCGGGCUGAUGUUCGUGUGCUCCGUGAUGCAGACUGUGAUCUUACACCAGUAUUACCACUGCAUCUUUGUGAUGGGGUUGAGGUUUCGCACGGGCAUCAUAGGUGUCAUCUAUAGGAAGGCUCUGGUCAUCACCAAUUCAGUCAAACGUGAGUCCACUGUGGGAGAAAUUGUUAACCUCAUGUCAGUGGACGCCCAGCGCUUCAUGGAUGUUGUCCCCUUCAUCAACCUGCUGUGGUCAGCACCCCUGCAGAUGAUCCUGGCAGUGUACUUCCUCUGGCAGAACCUGGGUCCCUCUGUCCUGGCUGGAGUCGCUCUCAUGGUUUUGCUGAUCCCGCUCAAUGGAGCCGUGGCUGUGAAAAUGCGUGCGUUCCAGGUAGAGCAAAUGAAAUUCAAGGACUCACGCAUCAAGCUGAUGAGCGAGAUCCUGGGUGGCAUCAAGGUGCUGAAGCUGUAUGCCUGGGAGCCCAGCUUCUUGAAGCAGGUGGAGGACAUCCGGCAGGAUGAGCUCCGGCUGAUGCGCCAGGCUGCCUACCUCCAUGCCACGUCCACUUUCAUCUGGAUCUGCACCCCCUUCCUGGUGACCCUGACCACCCUCGGCAUGUACGUGUCCGUGGACAAGAACAAUGUGCUGGAUGCUGAGAAGGCCUUUGUGUCCGUGUCCCUGUUCAACAUCUUAAAAAUUCCCCUCAACAUGCUGCCCCAGUUAAUCAGCAACCUGGCCCAGACCAGUGUGUCUCUGAAACGGAUCCAGCAUUUCCUGAGCCAAGAUGAACUUGACUCCCAGUGUGUGGAAAGAAAGACCAUCACCCCAGGCUAUACUGUCACCAUACACAAUGGCACCUUCACCUGGUCCCAGAACCUACCACCCACCCUGCACAGCCUAGAUAUCCAGGUGCCAAAAGGGGCGCUAGUGGCUGUGGUGGGGCCUGUGGGUUGUGGGAAGUCCUCCCUGUUGUCUGCCCUGCUGGGAGAGAUGGAGAAGCUGGAAGGCAAGGUGUAUAUGAAGGGCUCCGUGGCCUACGUGCCCCAGCAGGCGUGGAUCCAGAACUGCACUCUUCAGGAAAACGUGCUGUUUGGCCAAGCCCUGGACCCCAAGCGGUACCGACAGGCUCUGGAGGCCUGUGCCCUGCUAGCUGACCUGGAGGUGCUGCCUGGUGGGAGCAAGACAGAGAUCGGAGAGAAGGGCAUUAACCUGUCCGGGGGCCAGCGUCAGCGGGUCAGUCUGGCCCGAGCUGUUUACAGUGAUGCUGACAUUUUUUUGCUGGAUGACCCAUUGUCAGCCGUGGACUCCCACGUGGCCAAGCAUAUCUUUGACCAAGUCAUCGGGCCAGAAGGUGUGCUGGCAGGAAAGACACGGGUGCUAGUGACUCACGGCAUCAGCUUCCUGCCCCAGACGGACUUUGUCAUAGUGCUAGCUGACGGGCAGGUGUCUGAGAUUGGCACUUACGCAGCCCUGCUGCAGCGCAACGGCUCCUUUGCCAACUUUCUCCGCAACUACGCACCUGAUGAGGGCAAGGAGCACCAGGAGGCCGACAGCAGGACCGCCUUGGAGGACAAAGAGGAUGAGGAGGUGCUGCUGAUCGAGGACAUGCUCAACAGUCACACAGACCUGACGGAUAAUGAACCGGUGACAUACGAGGUCCAGAAGCAGUUCAUGAGACAGCUGAGUGCCAUGUCCCAGGAAGGAGAGGGCCCGGGUCGGCCUGUGCCCAGGAGGCGCCUGGGUGUGGCAGAAAAGGUAGUGCAGGCCACAGAGGCAAAGGCGAGCCACGUGCUGACCCAGGAGGAGAAGGUGGAGAUGGGUACUGUGAAGCUGAGUGUGUUCUGGGAUUACGCCAGGGCCGUGGGGCUCUGUGCCACGCUGGUCAUCUUUCUGCUGCACGGGGGUCAAAGCGCGGCUGCCGUUGGGGCCAACGUUUGGCUCAGUGCCUGGACCGGCGAGGCUGCGGUGAACGGCCAGCAGAACAACACCUCCCAGAGGCUGGGCGUCUACGCCGCCUUGGGAAUUCUGCAAGGGCUCCUGGUGAUGCUGUCAGCCAUCACGAUGGCGGUGGGAGGCGUCCAGGCCGCACGCUUGCUUCACCAGGCACUGCUGCACAACAAGAUGCGCUCGCCACAGUCCUUCUUCGAUACGACGCCCUCAGGCCGCAUCCUCAACCGCUUCUCCAAGGACAUCUACAUCAUCGAUGAGGUUCUGGCUCCCACCGUCCUCAUGCUGCUGAAUUCCUUCUACAACUCCAUCUCCACCCUCGUGGUCAUCGUGGCCAGCACGCCACUCUUCGCUGUGGUCAUCCUGCCUUUGGCUGUCCUCUACCUCUUUGUGCAGCGCCUCUAUGUGGCUACAUCACGGCAGCUGAAGCGGCUGGAGUCUGUCAGCCGCUCACCCAUCUACUCCCACUUUUUGGAGACGGUGACCGGCUCCAGCGUCAUCCGGGCCUAUGGCCGCAGCCAGGACUUCGAGGCCAUCAGUGAUGCUAAGGUGGACACCAACCAGAGGAGCUGCUACCCCUACAUCGCCUCCAACAGGUGGCUGGGGGUCCGAGUGGAGUUCGUGGGCAACUGUGUUGUGCUCUUCACCGCACUCUUUGCCGUGAUUGGGAGAAGCAGCCUGAGCCCAGGGCUGGUGGGCCUGUCUGUGUCCUAUGCCCUCCAGGUGACGUUGGCUCUGAACUGGAUGAUACGAACGAUAUCAGACUUGGAGUCUAAUAUUGUGGCCGUGGAGAGAGUCAAAGAGUACUCCAAGACGGAGACUGAGGCCCCCUGGGUGGUGGAGGGCAGCCGCCCGCCAGCGGGCUGGCCACUGCAGGGUGAGGUGGAGUUCCGGAAUUACUCUGUGCGUUACCGGCCGGGCCUGGAGCUGGUGCUGAAGGACCUGAGCCUACAAGUGCGAGGUGGCGAGAAGGUGGGGAUCGUGGGCCGCACUGGGGCUGGCAAAUCGUCCAUGACCCUCUGCCUGUUCCGCAUCCUGGAAGCCGCGGAGGGCGACAUCCUCAUCGACGGCCUCAAUGUGGCCGACUUCGGGCUCCAUGACCUGCGUUCUCAGCUGACCAUCAUCCCCCAGGACCCCAUCUUGUUCUCGGGGACCCUGCGCAUGAACCUGGACCCCUUUGGCAAUUACUCGGAGGAAGACAUGUGGCGAGCCUUGGAGCUGUCCCACCUGCAAGCGUUUGUGAGCUCCCAGCCGGCCGGCCUGGACUUCCAGUGCUCCGAGGGCGGGGAGAAUCUCAGCGUGGGCCAGCGGCAGCUCGUGUGCCUGGCCAGAGCCCUGCUUCGCAAGAGUCGCAUCCUGGUUUUAGACGAGGCCACAGCCGCCAUCGACCUGGAGACUGAUGAGCUCAUCCAGGCCACCAUCCACACGCAGUUUGAGACCUGCACGGUGCUGACCAUCGCACAUCGGCUCAACACCAUCAUGGACUACACCAGGGUCCUGGUCCUGGACAAAGGGACAAUAGCUGAAUUUGAUUCUCCAACCAACCUCAUUGCAGCCAGAGGCAUCUUCUACGGGAUGGCCAGAGAUGCUGGACUUGCCUAAAAUAUAUUCCUGGGAUUUCUUCCUGGACAUUCCUGGUGUUCAUCAGGAAGGGAAAAGGACACCAGAUAUGUCUACAGAAUGGACUUGAUGGCAAAUGCUGGGGGCAUUUGUCAGGUUUUUGUCCCUGUUAAGUGCCUGGCAGGAUAACCAUGCUAAAUGCUUCAGGUGAGGAGGUGAAGCCCAAGAGGCAAAUGACAUGCCCAAAGUCAUAGCUAAUUUGAGGCAGAGCCCAGACUAGUCCCCAGGUCUCCUGAUUCCCAGUGUGGUGUUAUUUCCACACUGUACUGUUUUCAAUCAUUUCAUGGCAUGACCUCCCUACCCCCAUGAUUCUUCAUAUUUUCUACUCUGAAGUGUUUUUCUUUUUUUUUUUUUUUUUUUUUUUUUUAAUAAAGCUUUUUCCUUCUGGAACAGAAGACUGCCAGGUCAGGCCAUCCCUAAGGAACUGAGUCUGGUACACUGGGGUGCUGGCCUGGAUCCAUUAAAAAUGGAGCACUGAUGAAAUAAAGCUACGUGUCAACAAUA